AUGCCUCCUGGUUUUGAGGCUCGGCCGAAGCUGGAGGUUCGGGGAAAGCAGGAGGUACGUCGAAAGCCUGCACUUCGGCCGAACGUGGUGACAUGGACGGCGGUGAUGUCAGCAUGUGCGAUGGCAGGACGUGCUGACGUGGCAAGGGAAGUGCUGAGACGGAUGAUGCAAGAAGGGAAAGGGGAGGAAGACGCCACAUCAGAUUGUCGGCCCAAUGUGGUGACGUGGACAGUGGUGCUGACUGCAUGUGCUAGGGCGGGGGAGUGGCAGCAGGCAGAGGCACUGUUCACCCAGAUGCAGACAAGCGGAGUGAUGCCAAAUGAGGUCUCCUGGGCGGCAUUGAUCAGCGCGUAUGCCAAGGGCGGGCAGUGGGAGAAGGCUAUCAGCACCCUCAGAGCCAUUGGAAGGGGACGAGCAGCAGUAGUACCAGCAGCAGCAACGCCAUCUGAGCCGCCUAAUCCACCUCAAUCCUCACCUCUCCCGUCUGCCUGGAACGCUGCACUGCAUGCGUGUGCCAAGGCCGGCAAGUGGAAGCUUCUGGGAAACCUCGUGCAGGAGAUGCAGGAGGUGGGCUGUCCCCCUUCUGUGGUGACCUAUGGGGUGCUGGUGGGGGGGUAUGGGCGCGCGGGGCAGGCACGACUGGCGAGAGAAGCGUUUGAAUCGAUGCUGUCUGCAGGAAUAAGGCCAAACGCAGUGGUGUGUGCUUCGAUGGUGCGAGCGUACACACGUGCCCGCCAGUUCGGGCAGGCCAUGAAAUUCUUCGAGGCGAUGCCCGGACUCGGGGUGGUUCCUGACAAAUACACCUACACCGCACUGCUCUGGGCUUGCGGUGCCUGCAGGCAGUGGCAACGGGCAGAAGAAAUAUUUUCGAGGAUGAAGCGGCAGGGGUGUGUGCCGGAUGGGGUGACAUACAGAACAUUGAUAGAGAGCUAUGAGAUGAAUGGAGAGUGGGAUAAAUCCAUGGAGGUUCUAGAAGACAUGAAUGCAUUGUCUUCAAGAAUGUUACAAUGGACACGCCAUGGCAAAAGGCAGUGA